CCUAUUUCUUUCUUAGAAAUCAAACCAACGAUUAAAAAAAGUUUCGGACGUAAAUCUCUGAUCUCAGAAAGACUAAAAAUCGACGAAGAAUGGCGGCGUUCGACGAUGGAGAUUUCCCGGCUCAGACCCAUUCCCCGACGGAUCAGCCGCCGUUCCACGAUGAAUCGUAUAUGGGGAUGGGCUACGACAAUUUCGCCAAUCCGCCUCCACCUCCUCCCGCCAUCAAUGGCGACGGAGCGUACGGAUCUGAGCAUCCUUUGUCUCCCGAUGGCUAUGGAGAGUACGCGUCGCCUUUCGAUUCGUCUGUGAUGGAUGCCAAUGGCAACGGCAACGGCGGCGGCGAUGCGGUCUUCGCUUCCGACGGCCCGAUUCUCCCAGAUCCAAAUGAGAUGCGGGAGGAGGGUUUCAAGCGCCGCGAGUGGCGCCGUCAAAAUGCAAUUCACUUAGAGGAGAAGGAAAAGAAAGAGAAGGAGAUGCGGAAUCAGAUCAUAGCUGAAGCAGAGGAAUACAAGAAAGCUUUCUACGAGAAGAGGGAUGAGAACAUCAAGACCAACAAGGCUAACAACCGUGAAAGGGAGAAGAUUAACUUGGCGAACCAAGAGAAAUUUCACAAAGAGGUGGACAAGCAUUAUUGGAAAGCAAUAGCGGAGCUGAUUCCACGUGAGGUUCCAAACAUCGAGAAGCGGAGAGGGAAAAAGGAUGCAGAGAAGAAACCAUCGGUGUUGGUGAUUCAGGGUCCUAAACCUGGAAAACCUACCGAUCUUUCGAGAAUGAGGCAGAUCUUCCUGAAGCUCAAGACCAAUCCUCCACCGCACAUGAUGCCACCUCCUCCUUCCAAAGAUGGUAAGGACGGUAAGGAUGCUAAAGGCGGAAAAGAUGGCAAGGACGGGAAGGAUGGGAAACCUGUGGACCCAAAGGCAGUAGCGGGGGACAAACCUGCUUCACCUGGGAAAGAUGCUGUAGCUGAGACGGCAAAGCCUGUGUCAGGCGAGGUGGAGAAACCUGCAGCCGAGGCUGAGGGUGGAGCCGCUGCCUCAGCGGAGUGAACAAAAAAGGGUCCCCGAGAAUUCCGUUUGGCUGAUUGAUUCCAUUCCAUUGAAGCGAUUUUAUAAUCUUGUGUUCUAAUAACCUUCGCUUCCGAGAAAUAAGAAGACCUGCUCUGCUCUGCUCUCAUGGAUGCCUUUGUUCCCGAUUUUCGAUUAUAUGUUUAUGUUUCUACUGAAUUUUCGACGAUAGGGUUGUUAGUUCCACUUGUUUUGUUUCUUCUCAAAAUGGUACACGCCUGUAUUUUGUUUGUAAUCCCAUUUGCGUUUUCUUUU